AAACCCUGUAACUUUUUUUCCCAAAACAACUCGCAUUUUUAAAAGAAAUAAUUUAAAAAAACACAUAAAAUAGGAUAUAGAACCAUUUAAAAAGUAGUUAGAAGGAAGCUUCCACCAUGUAUGACAAUGAUGAUGUUUACAACGAUGAAGAAGAUCAAGAAAUUUCUGAUGAAUUAUGGCAAGAAGCCUGCUGGAUCGUCAUUAACGCUUAUUUUGAUGACAAAGGCCUUGUAAGACAGCAAUUGGACAGCUUCGAUGAAUUUAUUCAGAUGUCUGUCCAAAGUAUUGUCGCCGAAUCACCAGCAAUUGAACUUCAAGCCGAAGCUCAACAUACAUCUGGUGAAAUAGAGAAUCCUUUACGUUAUAUGGUAAAAUUCGAGCAAAUUUACUUAUCGAAGCCGACUCAUUGGGAGAAGGACGGAGCACCAUCACCAAUGAUGCCAAAUCAAGCACGUCUUCGAAAUUUAACAUACUCUGCCCCACUUUACGUUGACAUAACUAAAACCAAACACAUAGAAGGACAAAAACCUGUCGAGACACAACAUCAGAAGACUUUCAUUGGAAAAAUUCCAAUUAUGCUUCGAUCUGCUUACUGUUUACUGAAUAAUCUUUCAGAUCGUGACUUGACUGAAUUAAACGAAUGUCCACUUGAUCCUGGUGGAUAUUUCAUUAUUAAUGGAUCUGAAAAAGUCCUCAUUGCUCAAGAGAAAAUGGCAACAAACACGGUUUAUGUGUUCAGUAUGAAAGAUGGCAAAUAUGCAUUUAAAACUGAAAUUCGUUCAUGUUUAGAGCACAGUUCACGACCAACGUCAACAUUAUGGGUGAAUAUGUUCGCAAAAGGUGGAAACAACGCAAAAAAAUCAGCAAUUGGACAAAGAAUCAUCGCAAUUCUUCCUUACAUUAAACAAGAAAUUCCCAUCAUGAUUGUGUUCCGUGCUUUGGGGUUUGUCGCUGAUCGUGACAUUCUCGAGCACAUUAUUUACGAUUUCGAUGAUCCCGAAAUGAUGGAAAUGGUGAAACCAUCGCUUGAUGAAGCUUUUGUUGUUCAGGAACAAAAUGUUGCUCUCAACUUUAUUGGAUCUCGUGGAGCUCGUCCUGGUGUCACCAAAGAAAAGCGAAUAAAGUACGCAAAAGAAAUUCUGCAACGUGAAAUGCUUCCACACGUUGGUGUUUCUGACUUUUGUGAGACAAAAAAAGCUUAUUUCUUGGGUUACAUGGUGCAUCGACUCUUACUUGCAUCUCUUGGACGACGCGAACUUGACGAUCGUGAUCACUACGGAAAUAAACGUUUGGAUCUUGCUGGACCUUUACUUGCUUUCUUAUUCCGCGGUCUUUUCAAGAAUUUAAUGAAAGAAGUUCGAAUGUACGCUCAAAAAUUCAUCGAUCGUGGAAAAGAUUUCAAUCUUGAGCUUGCAAUUAAAACAAAAAUCAUCACUGACGGUUUACGUUAUUCCCUUGCAACUGGCAAUUGGGGUGAUCAAAAGAAAGCUCAUCAAGCACGUGCUGGUGUUUCUCAAGUUUUAAAUCGAUUGACAUUUGCUUCAACAUUAUCUCAUUUACGUCGCGUGAAUUCGCCGAUUGGACGUGAUGGAAAACUCGCCAAACCACGACAGCUUCACAAUACAUUGUGGGGAAUGCUGUGCCCAGCUGAAACACCUGAAGGAGCUGCUGUUGGUCUGGUAAAGAAUCUUGCACUCAUGGCUUAUAUUUCUGUUGGAUCGCAACCAGUUCCAAUCUUAGAGUUCUUGGAAGAAUGGUCGAUGGAAAACCUCGAAGAAAUCGCACCAUCAGCAAUUGCCGACGCAACGAAAAUCUUCGUGAAUGGAUGUUGGGUUGGAAUUCAUCGCGAUCCGGAACAAUUAAUGUCAACAUUACGUAAACUUCGUCGUCAGAUGGAUAUUAUUGUGUCAGAAGUUUCAAUGAUUCGUGACAUUCGUGAUCGUGAAAUUCGAAUUUAUACCGACGCAGGUCGCAUUUGUCGUCCACUUUUAAUUGUCGAAAAUGGAAGUUUGUUGUUAAAACGAAGUCACAUUGAUAAUUUAAAAGAACGCUACGACACAAAUUACGGAUGGCAAGUGUUGGUUGCAUCAGGUGUUGUUGAAUAUAUCGACACAUUGGAGGAAGAAACUGUCAUGAUUGCAAUGACGACAAGUGAUUUGAAGCAGGAGAAGGAAUACGCUUAUUGUACAACUUACACACAUUGUGAGAUUCAUCCAGCAAUGAUUCUUGGCGUUUGCGCUUCAAUUAUUCCAUUUCCUGAUCACAAUCAAUCACCUCGUAACACUUAUCAAAGUGCUAUGGGAAAACAAGCGAUGGGCGUUUAUAUCACGAAUUAUCACGUUCGAAUGGACACGCUCGCACAUGUUCUUUAUUAUCCAAUGAAGCCACUUGUGACAACACGUUCGAUGGAAUAUUUGAGAUUUCGUGAGUUGCCAGCUGGAAUUAAUUCAAUUGUCGCUAUUUUAUGUUACACUGGAUAUAACCAAGAAGAUUCAGUCAUUCUCAACGCUUCAGCUGUUGAGCGUGGCUUCUUCCGCUCUGUUUUCUAUCGUUCAUAUAAAGAUUCAGAAUGUAAACGAAUUGGCGAUCAAGAAGAACAAUUUGAGAAGCCAAAUCGUUUGACAUGUCAAGGAAUGCGAAAUGCUUUGUAUGAUAAACUCGAUGAAGAUGGAAUUAUUGCACCAGGUUUGCGUGUGUCUGGUGAUGAUGUUGUUAUUGGGAAGACCAUAACAUUGCCUGAAAAUGAUGAUGAUUUGGAAGGAACGACAGUUCGAUUCACAAAACGUGAUGCAUCAACAUUCUUGAGAAAUUCUGAGACUGGCAUUGUUGAUCAAGUUAUGUUGACACUUAACAGUGAAGGUUACAAGUUUUGUAAGAUUCGCGUUCGUUCUGUUCGUAUACCUCAAAUUGGUGAUAAGUUUGCUUCGCGUCAUGGACAGAAAGGAACUUGUGGAAUUCAAUAUCGACAGGAAGACAUGCCAUUUACAUGUGAAGGUCUUACACCAGACAUUAUCAUCAAUCCACAUGCUAUUCCAUCACGUAUGACAAUUGGACAUUUAAUUGAAUGCAUUCAAGGGAAGUUGGGAUCAAAUAAAGGCGAGAUUGGUGAUGCAACGCCGUUCAAUGAUGCUGUCAACGUGCAGAAGAUUUCGACAUUCUUGCAAGAGUAUGGAUAUCAUCUUCGAGGCAAUGAAGUCAUGUAUAAUGGACACACUGGACGGAAGAUUAAUGCGCAAGUGUUCUUGGGACCGACAUAUUAUCAACGUUUAAAGCAUAUGGUCGAUGAUAAGAUUCAUUCACGUGCUCGUGGUCCGGUGCAGAUCCUUGUUCGUCAACCUAUGGAAGGUCGUGCUCGUGACGGUGGAUUGCGUUUUGGUGAGAUGGAACGUGAUUGUCAAAUUUCUCAUGGAGCUGCACAAUUCUUACGCGAACGAUUAUUUGAAGUUUCCGAUCCAUAUCGAAUUCACGUUUGUAAUUUCUGUGGAUUAAUCGCCAUUGCUAAUUUACGUAACAAUACUUUCGAAUGCAAAGGAUGCAAGAAUAAAACUCAGAUUUCACAAGUUAAACUUCCUUACGCUGCUAAAUUAUUGUUCCAGGAAUUGAUGGCAAUGAAUAUUGCACCUCGUUUGAUGGUCGUUUAAAUGAUAAGAAAAUUUUGUGUAGUUUUAAGAUUCAUUUCCAUUUAAUUCAAUAAUAAAAAAUAUUUUUUCAUUGAGAAAUAAAAAAAUUGUUCAUGG